UUUCGCGCUUCGACAAGACUUCUGGAUACACUCUCCGGAUCCGGAUCCCACGGAGUUCUCUCGUCCGAAUUUCUGGAAAAGUUUUCGCGGUUCGGCACACGCUCUUUUUCAAUCAGGGUGCACACGUCCACCACGCUGGUUUGGUUUUUUUGGUAUCUGGCUGGUAGAGGUUUCGCAACACUUCUUGGUACUAAAGUUUGUUCUUAAGAGACUAAUAAUGUUCGGUCCUUGGCCCUUAGCCGUCUGUAAAGUGAGGACUUCGGACAUCUUCGUCUACACUUUACUAUUGGGCGUGUGCUUCGUUCUGGCGGAAUCCGGAGGCUCUAACGAGGAGUUAACGCGAAAAAGCGAAAUCGCGUCGGAUGAAAAUCCCCAGGCAAUCAACGAAUAUUCGAAACGAGGAUGGAAAACUGAUUUGCCCAUGUGGGGUAAACGAGCUUGGAGUAACCUCCAUCCCGGCUGGGGAAAACGGGACUUCCUGGACUCUUCCGAUGAGGAGGACAAUUACAUACCACAAUAUUUCGAUAAACGGGCUUGGCAACGGUUACAGGGAGGCUGGGGUAAACGAUUCAUCCCCUCCGAAGAUGACAUGGUCAUAAGGCAGUUGGUGGCUGCAUUGGAAGAAAACGACAAUGAGAACAACAUCGAUUAUUUCCCGGACCAGGAGGUACAGUCAUCGCACCAAGUAAACAAACGGAAUUGGAAAAGCUUCUCGGACGGUUGGGGCAAAAGGAGUAAUAAAUGGGAAAAAUUUAGAGGUUCAUGGGGUAAGCGCCAACCGGCCUGGAAUAACCUGAAGGGACUAUGGGGAAAACGCAGUGUUGCUGAAUAAAACGAGUAUCUAUAUGUAUCAUUUCCUUCCCUUGUAGUCUAAAUUUUCCUUAUUCCUAACUGUAUUUUAUUUAUUUUGUUGAAAUUACUUCACUUACAAUAUUGUUCCUAUUAUUGAUGGUAAUGUAAAUCUAUAAUAGGAUUUUUCCAAUUUUAUUCAUACUUUAAAGACCCUAUUUAUUGUAUUUAAUUAACUGUAAAGAGCUGAAUAGUGAGGAAUAAAAAUGAUUUUUUUUUAAAAUCAUAAACAUUCUUUCAAUUCAAUUUGUGUUUUACAUACUUUAUAUAAUUUUAAAUUAAACAUAAAUUAGAAAUAAUAUAAUGAAUGUUAACAUACUUAUUCAUAACUUAUAUAGAUAGGCCAAAGUCAUCAUUAUAUUAUGAAGUAUUUAACAAAAUAUAAGUGUGUAAUAUUUGUAAUUAUACCAAAUAACUGAUAAGUUAAAUUGAUAAUAAAUGAUUAUAGUUAUUGAUCGUUCAGGGAUAUUUCGCUUUUCUCUGCAUCCAGAAAAUCAAACACAAUAAAUUAAUAUAAAUCGUGUUGUGAAAUAAACCAAAUAAGUGCAUC